CUCACUGGAGAGCCAAGGGGAGUCGAGAGGUCCCGGAGAAGAGCUCACUGUAGCGCAGAAGCCGAAGCCCCAAACCAGCUCUGGCUACUGAGGGUGACUGCGAGAUUGUUCAGGAGUUUCAAUGCGAUUCCUCCACUUCUUCAGGUUGUAGCCGAAGUUAAGGUCCAGUGCAACUCCAGAACCGAAUAUAAAGGAUUUCGCUAGGCCGACGCUUCUUUGCAGCCGGUGAGAAGCAGCCAAGCUCAACUGGCCUCUCCAGAAUGAACAACGUUGGGAGCGCCCAAGGCCACUAUCGUCACCAAGAGCAGAGCACGAUGAAAGCCACCGGCAACCGGCAGCCCGGACCUCCACAACCUGUUGCCCUAGUGGAGAACAGCAAAGAAAUCCAGCAAAAGCUCAAGGAAGAGAAGGAAGCUAAACGGUCUCAUUUGGAUGGCAGGCAUGAUUAUUUAUUUGCAACUGUAGCUUCCUGUGUGGAUCUGGAGAAGGCCGAGGUAGAAGAUGCUAUUCUUGAGGGAAAUCAGAUUGAACAAAUUGAUCAACUCUUUGCCGUUGGAGGGCUCCGUCACAUCAUGUUUUACUAUCAAGAAAGGGAGGCAGCUGAAGCAGGACAUUCUGACCUUCCAGGAGGAGGGGUGACUCCCCUUUCAGGAAGGAUGAAGAAACCCAAGGUGUUCGUGACAGAAGGAAAAGAUGUGGCUCUUACUGGUAUCUGUGUGUUCUUCAUUAGAACUGAUACCUCCAAAGCCAUCACCUCCGAGAAUAUCCACCAGGAAGUGAGUUUCAACAUGCUGGAUGCUGUGGAUGGGGGCAUAUUAAGCAGUGUGCAGCACCUGCUGUCAGAAAUCUUUAUUCCAGCUGUGAAGACGCUGAACCGGGGGUGGGGGGAACUGGCUGGCUUCCAGCAAGCUGCUACCAUUCAGCAGGAUUUACUAGGUUCUCUGGAAAGCUUUGUGACUGUCCUUCGAGGUGCUCAGCAGAGCUUGAAAGAGAAGGUGAACCUUCAAAAAUGUGAACUAUACGACUUAAAAACUCUGAAAGACCCUGCUGACUUCCUCUCUGUAGCAAACAGCGCUGAGGGGUUGGAAAGAAUAGAAGGAUGUAUUAAGAUUUGGAUCAAUCAAAUUGAACAGGUCCUGGCUGAAAAUGAUCAGUUACGGAAGGAGGCGGAUGACUUGGGGCCGCGAGCAGAGUUGGAGUAUUGGAAAAAACGACUUUCCAAAUUCAACUACCUUCUGGACCAGCUGAAAAGCCCAGAUGUGAAGAUGGUGCUAAGAGUGCUCGCUAUGGCCAAAUCAAAACUUCUAAAGGUUUGGCGGAAGAUAGAUGCACGCAUCACUGAUGCAGCUAAUGAGGCCAAAGACAAUGUGAAAUAUUUGUGUGCUCUGGAAAAGUGUUGUGACCCCUUGUACGGCAGUGACCCUGUCUCCAUGGUUGAUGCUAUCCCUGCACUCAUAAAUGCGAUUAAAAUGAUCCAUAGUAUAUCUCAUUAUUAUAACACUUCUGAGAGGAUAACUUCUUUGUUCGUCAAGGUAACAAAUCAGAUGAUAACAGCAUGUAAAGCUUACCUUUCCAACAACUCCACUGCCACCAUCUGGGAGCAGCCCCAGAAUGUAGUUAUGGAAAAAUUGUUAGCAGCCAUCAGGCUUAAACAGGAAUAUCAGCAUUACUUUCACAAGACUAAGCAAAAACUUGAACAAAAUCCAAAUGAAAGACAGUUUGACUUCAGUGAGAUGUAUAUUUUUGGAAAAUUUGAAACCUUCCAUCGACGUCUUAACAAGAUAAUGCAUAUCUUCACAACAAUUACAACCUAUUCUGUUCUUCAAGACUCCAAAAUUGAGGGGCUGGAAAUUAUGGCAACCAAUUAUCAGAGCAUUGUUGCCACCAUUAAGAAAAAGGAGUAUGACUUCUUAGACCAGCGAAAAACUGAUUUUGAUCAGGAUUAUGAAGAGUUUUGCAAGGAGACCAAUGACCUUCAUAAUCAAAUACGAAUAUUCAUGGACGACACAUUUGAAAAGAUACAGCACACAGAGCAUGCACUGACUAUGUUGAAGAAAUUCGAAAGGUUGGGAAUCCCUAAUCUUGGAGUUGAUGAUAAAUAUCUGAUUAUCCUUGAGAACUUUGGCCUUGACAUUGAGAUGAUCUCUAGGAUAUAUACUAGGCAGAAAGACGAUCCUCCUUUGGCUAGGGACCAGCCUCCAAUAGCUGGGAAAAUCCUGUGGGCCCGUCAGCUCUUCUACAGAAUUCAGCAACCAAUGAGCCUCUUCCAGCAGCAUCACAAUGUGCUUCAGACAGUGGAAGCCAAGCGCGUAGUCCGGAACUACAACAAGGUGGCAAGAGUUCUCUUGGAAUUUGAGGUUCUCUACCACAGAGCAUGGCUUCAGCAAGUUGAAUUAACUAAAACAGGACUUCAGGCAUCUUUAUUGGUGAAGUCUCCAGAAACAAGAGAAUUAUUUGUAAAUUUUGACCCACAGAUAUCAACUUUAAUUCGAGAAACGGAGUGCAUGUUACAGAUGGGUCUUGAAAUUCCAACUUUUGCACGUGUUCUCCAGCAGAGACGGGACUUCUACAAAAUGAACUUCAGUAAAAUGCGGAUGAUGCUUGCCGAAUAUAAGAGAGUUAAGGCAAAAAUACAACCCCCCAUUGAACAACUGAUGGGUCCUCACCUGGCCAAAGUAGAUGAAGCUAUUCAGCCUGGUUUAACUUCACUGAACUGGACAUCAAUGAACAUUGAGAAGUAUUUAGAAAACACUUUUGAAAUGAUUAGCAAGUUGGAAUGGCUGUUAGAUCGGGCCAAUGAUUUGAUUGAGUUUCGGAUUGAUGCUAUCUUGGAAGAAAUGGAAGAGGUUCCUCUUUGCUUAUUACCUGAAGAUGAGCCACUUUCAUGUGAAGAAUUUCUGCACAUGACUAAGGAACUCUGUGCAAGGGGUGCCCAAAUUUUGAAUUUUAAAAGCCAGUUAGUGGAGGAAGCAGCCAAUGAACUAAUCAAUAUGUUACUGGACAUGAAAGUUCAAUCCCCAGGAGAUGGUAAAUUAAGGGAUGCCAAUACCAUUGCGCCAACUAGUGAAAGUACAGGACGAGAGGAGGAGAGAAAAUCAGUUACCCUGGCAUCGUCCCUCAGUGGCAGUCAAACUGGAGUUGGCCUCUCUCCUCCGAUGAGUAGGAAAAAGAAAAAGGAAAAUGAAACUUUAGAAGAAGAAGCGCAAGAAUUGCUUUCCCAUUUCAGCCAUCGGAAUGUUGAUGCCCUUCUGAAGGUCACGCGGAACACCUUAGAGAUGAUCCGCAGACGCAUUCAUUCUUCCACCACCACUAGCUUCUUAGAGAGUGAGAAUUCUCCCAAGCUGAAGCAGGGAGCUUUGCCCAUUUUUCGAAGCAGCAUUACCCUGUCAAUCCCAAAUGUUGCCAUGGUGCCCGUUUUGGAUGACAUCCAACAGACUCUGAACAGAGCAGUGGAGUGUGUUGUCAGCGUCAUGAAAGGAGUUGGGCAGUGGAGUAAGGAAAGGCUAUUCAAGAAAAAGAUGCCUCAGAGUAAAAUAGCAGGCUUACGAAAUCAUGACCGAGACAUUGACUCCGAUGAUGAAAUGGGAGACAAUGGAUUUCAAGAUGCAAUUGAGACAGCAUCUGUGAAUAUGCUUGUUCCUCUGCAAAAUCCAAACUAUUACAAAACUGUUUCUGACAAUAAGGAGAUGGUUAAAUUAGUCUCUGUACUUAGUACGGUUAUCAACGCUACCAAAAAGGACGUUAUUACAGCCCUAGAGCGCUUCAAAUGCUACCAUCAUAUCUGGAAGAAGGAGAAAAAAGAAACCAUUGAGAUGUUUACUUUGGAGAAGCCUUUGCUCUCUGAUUUUGAGUCCCAGAUCCUCUAUUUCCGAGGUUUAGAGCAGGAAAUUAAUUCUGAGCCGGAAUAUAUCUGUGUAGGAGCCAUUGCAUUAUACACCGCUGAUGUGAAGCUGGCUCUGACUGCAGAAACCAAAGCCUGGGUGGUUGACUUGGGUCGGCAUUGUAAUGCAAAGUAUAGAAUGGAGAUGGACAGUGUUUUCACGUUUGUGGAAGACAUUGGCAAAAAGCUGAAUCGUCCGAUUAAAGACUUGGAUGACUUCAGAAUAGCCAUGGCUGCGCUUAAAGAAAUCCGAGAACAGCAAAUUCUGAUAGACUUUCAAGUUGGACCUAUUGAGGAAUCCUAUGCUUUAUUGAACAAACAUGAACUCCUAGUGGCUAAGGAGGAGAUGGAGAAAGUUGAUACCUUGCGCUAUACUUGGGAGAAGCUUUUAGUCCGAGCAAAGGAUGUACAGAAUGAGUUGGUCGCCUUGCAGCCUAAUUUCAGGGAAGAACUCAUUAAUACCGUGGAGGUUUUCAUUGAAGACUGUUAUCAGUUCUAUUCCGACUACGAUACGAAUGGUCCGAUGGUGGUGGGCCUGGAGCCUCAGGAAGCCAGUGAUCGGCUUAUUAUGUUUCAGAAUCGAUUUGACAGCCUCCAUCGCAAAUACAUCACCUAUACAGGUGGAGAGGAACUUUUUGGUCUCCCAGUUACCCAGUAUCCUCAGCUUCUGGAAAUAAAGAAGCAACUUAAUCUUCUACAGAAACUCUACGGCCUGUACAGUAGUGUUGUAGAUACUGUAAAUGGUUAUCAUGAAAUCCUUUGGUCAGAAGUAAAUAUUGAAAAAGUUAACAAUGAACUACUUGAAUUCCAGAACAGAUGUCGUAAAUUGCCACGUGCUUUGAAGGACUGGCAGGCUUUUCAGGACCUGAAGAAGACCAUUGAGGACUUCAAGGAGUGUUGUCCAUUGCUGGAGCACAUGUCUAAUAGAGCCAUGAUGACACGCCACUGGAAAAGAAUAGCAACACUGACGGGUCAUAGUUUUGAUGUGGAGAAUGAGACCUUCAAACUGAGAAACAUCAUGAAUGCACCUCUUCUAAAAUACAAAGAAGAAAUUGAGGACAUCUGUAUCAGUGCUGUGAAAGAGCGAGACAUUGAGCAGAAGUUAAAACAGGUGAUUGCCGAAUGGGACAACAAAACCUUUAGCUUUGCCAACUUCAAAACCCGUGGUGAACUACUCUUGAGAGGAGACAGCACUUCAGAAACUAUAGCCAGCAUGGAAGAUAGCCUGAUGAUUCUGGGUUCUCUGAUGAGCAACAGGUACAACACUCCAUUCAAGGCCCAGAUCCAAAAGUGGGUGCAUUUCCUCUCUAAUACCACAGACAUCAUUGAAAACUGGAUGACCGUGCAGAACCUGUGGAUUUAUUUAGAAGCAGUCUUUGUGGGUGGAGACAUCGCCAAACAGCUUCCAAAGGAAGCCAAGCGUUUUUCGAACAUAGAUAAAUCCUGGGUGAAAAUCAUGACCCGGGCACAUGAGAUGACAAACAUAGUCCAGUGCUGUGUUGGUGAUGAAACAAUGGGGCAGCUAUUACCACAUCUUUUCGAACAGCUGGAAAUCUGUCAGAAAUCACUUACUGGAUACCUGGAGAAGAAACGACUUUGCUUUCCUCGUUUCUUUUUCGUUUCGGACCCUGCCCUUCUGGAGAUUCUUGGCCAGGCAUCAGAUUCCCACACAAUCCAAGCUCAUCUUCUGAAUAUCUUUGACAAUGUUAAACUUGUCAAGUUCCAUGAAAAGAUCUACGAUCGUAUUCUAUCAAUUUCUUCUCGAGAGGGUGAGACGAUUGACUUGGAUAAACCUGUAAUGGCAGAGGGUAAUGUGGAAGUUUGGCUCAAUUCUCUCCUGAAAGAAUCUCAGGCCUCAUUACAUCUUGUGAUUCGCCAGGCAGCCUCAAAUAUUCAGGAAAGUGACUUCCAGCUGAUCGAAUUUCUCUCUUCCUUCCCGGCUCAGGUUGGAUUGUUAGGAAUUCAAAUGAUGUGGACAAGGGACUCGGAAGAAGCACUUUCAAAUGCCAAAUUUGAUAAAAAAAUCAUGCAGAAGACAAAUGAGACAUUUCUAGAACUACUAAACACACUGAUAGGCAUGACAACGAAGGAUCUGAGCUCUGUGGAGAGGGUGAAAUACGAGACUUUGAUUACCAUACAUGUGCACCAGCGGGAUAUCUUUGAUGACUUGUGUCGCAUGCAUGUCAAGAACCCUACGGAUUUUGAGUGGCUGAAACAGUGCAGAUUUUAUUUUAAUGAAGACACCGACAAGAUGAUGAUUCAUAUCACAGAUGUGGCUUUUACCUACCAGAAUGAAUUUUUAGGCUGUACCGACAGGCUUGUCAUAACGCCUCUCACAGAUAGGUGUUAUAUCACCCUGGCUCAGGCUCUGGGAAUGAGUAUGGGAGGAGCGCCAGCUGGACCAGCGGGGACCGGCAAAACGGAAACCACCAAAGACAUGGGAAGAUGUCUCGGAAAAUACGUAGUGGUCUUCAACUGCUCUGACCAGAUGGAUUUCCGUGGACUUGGUCGAAUUUUUAAAGGGCUGGCCCAGUCAGGAUCCUGGGGCUGUUUUGAUGAAUUUAAUCGUAUUGAUUUACCUGUACUGUCAGUUGCUGCACAGCAAAUUGCAAUUAUUCUGACAUGUAAGAAGGAAAGGAAAAAAAGCUUUAUCUUCACUGAUGGAGACAAUGUAGAGAUGAACCCUGAAUUUGGACUGUUUCUAACCAUGAACCCUGGCUAUGCUGGUCGACAGGAACUUCCUGAAAACCUGAAAAUUAACUUCCGUUCAGUAGCUAUGAUGGUUCCUGACCGUCAAAUCAUCAUUCGGGUGAAGCUGGCCAGCUGUGGUUUCAUUGACAACAUUGUUCUGGCAAGAAAAUUUUUCACCUUGUACAAGUUAUGUGAGGAGCAACUCUCUAAGCAGGUGCAUUAUGACUUUGGCCUACGUAAUAUUUUAUCUGUACUUCGGACUCUGGGAGCCGCUAAAAGAGCCAAUCCUGAUGAUACUGAAUCAACUAUUGUCAUGAGGGUUCUAAGAGAUAUGAAUCUUUCUAAACUGAUAGAUGAGGAUGAACCAUUAUUCCUGAGUUUAAUUGAAGACCUGUUCCCAAGCAUUCAGUUGGACAAGGCAGGCUACCCAGCAUUAGAAGCUGCUAUUAAUAGACAGGUGGAAGAAGCUGGAUUAAUUAGCCAUCCUCCUUGGAAACUGAAAGUCAUCCAGCUGUUUGAAACUCAGAGAGUGAGGCAUGGAAUGAUGACCCUAGGACCUAGUGGAGCUGGGAAAACUACCUGUAUCCAUACCUUGAUGAAGUCCAUGACAGAUUGUGGACAGCCACACCGUGAGAUGCGAAUGAAUCCCAAGGCGAUCACGGCCUCACAGAUGUUUGGCCGUUUGGAUGUAGCAACAAAUGACUGGACAGAUGGGAUUUUCUCCACCCUUUGGAGGAAAACUUUGAGAGCAAAGAAAGGGGAACAUAUAUGGAUAGUUCUUGAUGGGCCAGUUGAUGCUAUCUGGAUUGAGAAUCUAAAUUCAGUGUUGGAUGACAACAAAACUCUUACUCUUGCAAAUGGGGAUCGUAUUCCAAUGGCCCCUAAUUGCAAAAUAGUGUUUGAGCCGCAUAAUAUUGACAAUGCAUCUCCUGCCACUGUUUCUCGGAAUGGUAUGGUUUUUAUGAGUUCUUCUGUCCUCAACUGGAGUCCUAUUCUUGAGGGUUUUUUGAAAAAACGUUCUCCACAAGAAGCUGAAAUCCUCCGCCGGCUGUAUACGGAAUCCUUCUCCGAAUUGUAUCGCUUCAGUAUCCAGAGCUUGGAGUACAAAAUAGAGAUGCUGGAGGCCUUUGUCAUUGUGCAAAGCAUCAAUAUGUUACAAGGACUUAUCCCUCCAAAGGAACAGGGAGGGGAGGUAACAUCCGAACACCUGGAGAGAUUGUAUAUUUUCUCUCUGAUGUGGAGUGUUGGGGCUUUGCUGGAGCUAGAUGACCGGCAUAAAAUGGAACACUGGCUUCGAUCUCAUGAAACACUGAAAUUGGAUUUGCCACAACCAGGAGGAAAUGAAGAGACUAUAUUUGACUACUAUGUGACCAGUGAUGGUAAAUGGAUGCACUGGGAUUCACGUAUCGAAGACUAUGUUUAUCCUUCUGAUAUUACUCCAGAAUAUGGUUCCAUACUGGUGCCAAAUGUUGACAACGUGAGGACUGAUUUCCUAAUUAAAACGGUUGCUAAACAGGGCAAGGCUGUGCUGUUAAUCGGUGAGCAAGGAACGGCAAAGACGGUCAUCAUCAAUGGAUUUAUGUCAAAAUAUAAUCCUGAAAGCCAUAUGUCCAAGACUCUGAACUUCUCUUCUGCAACCACCCCAUUGAUGUUCCAGCGGACAAUAGAGAGUUAUGUUGACAAACGAAUGGGCACAACCUAUGGGCCUCCUGCAGGAAAGAAAAUGACUGUCUUUAUUGAUGAUGUGAAUAUGCCUAUAAUCAAUGAAUGGGGAGAUCAGGUGACUAAUGAGAUCGUUCGGCAACUGAUGGAACAAAAUGGAUUCUAUAACACUGAGAAACCUGGAGAGUUUACCAACAUUAUGGACAUCCAGUUUUUGGCGGCCAUGAUCCAUCCCGGAGGAGGCCGCAACGACAUCCCCCAGAGACUCAAGAGACAAUUUUCUAUUUUCAACUGCACUUUGCCCUCCAAUGCUUCUAUUGACAAGAUUUUUGGUGUGAUCGGUGCCGGGCACUACUGUCGUCAAAGGGGCUUCUCGGAAGAUGUUAGAGAUUCUGCGAUUAGGCUGGUACCCUUGACUCGUAGGCUGUGGCAAAUGACCAAAAUGAAGAUGCUGCCCACCCCUGCUAAAUUCCAUUACAUUUUCAAUCUUCGAGACCUUUCUAAAAUCUGGCAGGGGAUGCUGAAUACAACUUGUGAAGUUAUUGGCGAACCAGAUGUACUGAUAAAGCUGUGGAAACAUGAAUGCAAGCGGGUUAUUGCAGAUCGUUUCACGGUUGAUGAGGAUGUGAACUGGUUUGAUUCAGCUCUCAUUAAAUUGGUGGAGGAGGAGUUUGGAAAAGAGAAAAAACCCUUGGUGGAUUUUGGCAUUGACACUUAUUUUGUGGAUUUCUUAAGAGAUGCACCUGAAGUUACAGCGGAGGAGACUGAAGAAACCGAAGUCAACAUUCCAAAGGUCUAUGAGCCGAUCGAAUCUUUUGUUCGUCUCAGAGAUCGUUUAAAUACAUUUCUACAAAUAUAUAAUGAGAAUGUCCGUGGAACAGGCAUGGAUAUGGUGUUUUUUGCAGAUGCUAUGAUUCAUUUGGUCAAGAUUUCUCGGGUGAUUCGUACCCCUCGAGGAAAUGCUCUCCUUGUUGGUGUUGGAGGGUCUGGGAAGCAGAGUUUAACUAAACUGGCCUCAUUCAUUGCUGGCUACGAAAUAUUUCAGAUCACUUUAACCAGAUCCUACACCACUACAAAUCUGAUGGAAGACUUGAAGUUUUUGUACAAAGCGGCAGGCCAGUAUGGCAAAGGCAUCAGUUUCAUUUUUACAGACAAUGAGAUUAAAGAGGAGUCAUUCUUGGAAUACCUGAAUAAUGUUUUGUCAUCCGGUGAGGUAUCCAACUUGUUUGCCAGGGAUGAAACUGAUGAAAUCAAUGGUGACCUCAUAUCAGUUUUGAAGAGGGAGCAUCCUAAGCAUCCUCCAACCAAUGAGAAUCUGUAUGAUUACUUCAUGAGUCGGGUUCGGCACAACCUCCAUGUUAUCCUUUGCUUUUCUCCAGUGGGUGAAAAAUUCCGCAAUAGAGCUCUGAAGUUCCCCGCACUCAUUUCAGGGUGCACUACAGAUUGGUUCAGCCGAUGGCCUAAGGAUGCACUGGUUUCUGUGUCUGAACACUUUUUAUCAUCCUACGAUAUCGACUGCACUUUGGAAACUAAAAGAGAGGUGGUCCAAUGCAUGGGUUCCUUCCAGGAUGGAGUAGCAGAAAAGUGUGUUGAAUAUUUCCAGAGAUAUCGCCGUGCUACUCAUGUGACUCCCAAGUCCUACCUCUCCUUCAUCCAGGGGUAUAAGUCAAUAUAUCGGGAAAAGCAUGCUGAAGUGCAGACUUUGGCCCACAGAAUGAAUACCGGAUUGGAAAAGCUGAAAGAGGCAUCUGAGUCGAUCGUAUCAUUGAGCAGAGAACUAGAAGUGAAAGAAAAGGAGCUGCAAGUUGCGAAUGACAAAGCGGAUAUGGUAUUAAAAGAAGUGACUGUAAAGGCACAGGCUGCAGAGCGGGUGAAGGCUGAAGUUCAGAAGGUCAAGGACAAAGCCCAAGCUAUCGUAGACAGCAUCUCUGCAGACAAAGCAAUUGCUGAGGAAAAGCUGGAGGCAGCUAAACCGGCCUUAGAAGAGGCAGAAGCGGCUUUACAGACAAUCAAGCCUUCAGAUAUAGCCACUGUCCGCACCCUGGGUCGACCUCCUCAUCUAAUUAUGCGCAUCAUGGAUUGUGUGUUGCUGCUGUUCCAAAGGAAAGUCAACACCGUGAAAGCUGAUCCAGAGAAAGCUUGUUCUAUUCCAUCAUGGCAGGAGUCCUUGAAACUGAUGACAGCCGGGAACUUCUUACAAAAUUUACAGCAAUUUCCAAAAGACUCCAUCAAUGAGGAAGUGAUUGAGUUUUUGAGUCCUUACUUUGAGAUGCCAGACUACAACAUUGAAACUGCAAAACGUGUAUGUGGGAAUGUGGCAGGAUUAUGCUCCUGGACCAAAGCUAUGGCUUCCUUUUUUUCUAUCAACAAAGAAGUGCUGCCCUUGAAGGCUAACUUGGCAGUGCAGGAAAAUCGCCAUGACACUGCCAUGCUGGAUCUGCAAAAGGCUCAGGCAGAGCUGGAUGACAAACAAACUGAACUGGACAUUGUGCAAGGAGAGUAUGAAAAGGCCACGAAAGAAAAACAGAUGCUGCUUGAAGAUGCAGAACGCUGUAGACACAAGAUGAAAACAGCUUCUAGACUGAUCAGUGGACUGGCAGGAGAGAAAGAAAGAUGGACUCAACAAAGUAAAGAAUUUUCUGUACAAACCAAAAGGCUUGUGGGAGAUGUGCUGCUGGCUACAGCUUUCCUUUCUUAUUCUGGACCCUUUAACCAAGAAUUCCGUAAUCAGCUGUUAAACGACUGGCAGAAGGAGAUGAUCAUCCGAAAAAUCCCGUUUGACAACAAUCUGAAUCUAAAUGAGAUGCUGAUAGAUGCACCCACCAUUAGUGAGUGGAACCUCCAAGGAUUGCCAAAUGAUGACCUAUCUGUACAGAACGGGAUCAUUGUCACAAAAGCCGCUCGCUGCCCUUUGUUGAUUGAUCCACAAGCUCAGGGAAAAAUAUGGAUUAAAAAUAAGGAAAACAGAAAUGAGCUUCAGGUCACGUCUCUCAAUCACAAGUACUUCAGAAAUCAUUUGGAAGAUAGCCUUUCCCUUGGCAGGCCACUGCUAAUCGAAGACAUUGGGGAGGAUCUAGACCCAGCCCUGGAUAAUGUUUUGGAAAGAAACUUUAUCAAAACAGGAUCCACCUUUAAGGUAAAAGUUGGUGACAAGGAAGUAGAUGUAAUGGAUGGUUUCAGGCUGUACAUCACCACUAAACUGCCGAACCCAGCUUACACCCCCGAAAUCAGCGCUCGCACCGCCAUCAUUGACUUUACCGUCACCAUAAAAGGACUGGAAGAUCAGUUACUGGGAAGAGUCAUUCUCACAGAGAAACAAGAAUUGGAAAAGGAAAGAACUGAUCUUAUGGAAGAUGUGAUGGCAAACAAAAGAAAGAUGAAAGAAUUGGAAGAUAAUUUGCUUUACCGCCUGACAAGUACUCAGGGGUCACUAGUGGAAGAUGAGAGCCUCAUUGUUGUUUUGAGCAACACCAAGAAGACGGCUGAAGAAGUGACACAGAAACUGGAAAUCUCUGCUGAGACAGAAAUACAGAUUAACUCAGCCCGGGAGGAGUACAGACCCGUGGCAACUAGAGGAAGCAUCCUUUAUUUCCUCAUCACUGAGAUGAGCAUGGUUAACGUGAUGUAUCAGACUUCACUUCGACAGUUUCUGGGGCUGUUUGACCUUUCUAUAGCCAGAUCUGUCAAAAGUCCCAUUACAAGUAAAAGAAUUGCUAAUAUUAUUGAACAUAUGACCUAUGAAGUUUAUAAAUAUGCUGCUCGAGGAUUGUAUGAGGAACACAAGUUCUUGUUCACUUUGCUGCUUACUUUGAAGAUCGACAUGCAGAGAAACAGAGUAAAGCAUGAAGAAUUUCUCACUCUGAUAAAAGGAGGUGCCUCUUUAGACCUUAAGGCUUGUCCUCCUAAACCAGCCAAGUGGAUCCUGGACAUGACAUGGCUGAAUUUAGUGGAACUCAGUCAACUCAGACAAUUUUCAGAUGUCCUUGUUCAGAUAUCGAGAAAUGAGAAACUGUGGAAAAUUUGGUUUGAUAAAGAAAACCCUGAGGAAGAACCUGUUCCAAAUUCCUAUGAUCAUUCCCUUGACUGUUUUAAACGCCUCCUCCUCAUUAGGUCCUGGUGUCCUGAUAGAACCAUCGCUCAGGCUCGAAAAUAUGUAAUGGACACCAUGGGGGAGAAAUAUGCCGAAGGAGUUAUCCUGGACCUGGAGAAGACGUGGGAGGACUCUGACCGACACACUCCUCUCAUCUGCUUUCUGUCGAUGGGCUCAGAUCCAACUGAUUCCAUCAUUGCCCUGGGGAAAAGAUUGAAAAUUGAAACCCGUUACGUUUCCAUGGGCCAAGGACAAGAGGUCCACGCUCGUAAACUUUUACAGCAGACCAUGGCACAUGGUGGAUGGGCCCUUCUGCAGAACUGCCACCUGGGGCUUGAUUUCCUGGAAGAGCUAAUGGACACGAUCACAGAAACAGAAGUGGUUCAUGAUGCCUUCCGACUGUGGAUGACCACUGAGGUUCACAAGCAGUUUCCCAUUACCCUUCUUCAAAUGUCCAUUAAAUUCACCAGCGAGCCUCCUCAGGGGCUUAGGGCUGGUCUGAAGAGAACAUAUGGUGGAAUCAACCAGGAUUUUCUGGAUGUCAGCAAUAUGGUUCAGUGGAAACCAAUGUUAUAUGCUGUGGGUUUUCUACAUUCUACGGUCCAAGAGAGGCGAAAGUUUGGGCCACUGGGGUGGAAUAUCCCCUAUGAGUUUAACCAGGCUGACUUUAAUGCUACCAUGCAGUUCAUCCAAAACCACUUAGAUGACAUGGAUAUCAAAAAGGGAGUGUCUUGGAACACAAUUCAGUAUAUGAUAGGUGAAAUCCAGUAUGGAGGUAGAGUCACAGAUGAUUAUGACAAGAGACUCCUGAACACUUUUGCUAAGGUUUGGUUCAAUGAAAAUAUGUUCAGUCAAGAUUUCUGCUUCUAUAAAGGCUACAGCAUACCCAAGUGCAGCACAGUGGAUAAUUAUCUUCAGUACAUACAGAGCUUGCCAGCAUAUGACACUCCAGAAGUCUUUGGGCUCCACCCCAAUGCUGAUAUUACUUACCAGAGCAAGCUUGCCAAAGGCGUGUUGGAUACUAUCCUUAGCAUUCAACCUAAAGAUGGCUCCAGUGGAGGAGACGAGACCAGAGAGACCGUGGUGGCCAGGUUGGCUGAUGACAUGCUGGAGAAACUUCCAGUGGAUUAUGCCCCAUUUGAAGUGAAAGAAAGACUGCUAAAGAUGGGACCAAUUCAACCCAUGAAUAUCUUUCUCAGACAGGAGAUAGAUAGAAUGCAAAGGAUAAUCACCCUGGUGAGGAACACCCUGACUGACCUCAAACUUGCCAUUGACGGAACCAUCAUCAUGAAUGAAAAUUUGCGAGAUGCUCUUGAUUGCAUGUAUGAUGCAAGGAUUCCCGCCCGUUGGAAAAAAGCAUCUUGGGAGUCAAGCACAUUGGGGUUUUGGUUUACCGAGCUUUUAGAAAGGAAUCGUCAGUUUAAUGCUUGGAUUUUUGAGGGCCGGCCUAACUGCUUCUGGAUGACUGGCUUUUUUAACCCUCAAGGCUUCUUAACGGCAAUGAAACAGGAAAUAACUAGAGCCAAUAAAGGCUGGGCCCUGGACAGCAUGGUACUCUGUAAUGAGGUCACCAAAUGGAUGAAGGAUGACAUCUCAGCCCCUCCCACUGAGGGCGUUUACGUCUACGGGCUGUAUCUAGAAGGCGCUGGCUGGGAUAAAAGGAACUUGAAACUCAUUGAAUCAAAGCCUAAAGUGCUCUUUGAAUUGAUGCCUAUUAUCAGGAUAUAUGCAGAGAACAACACUUCCAAAGAUCCUCGUUUGUAUCCAUGUCCUAUCUACAAGAAGCCAAUCCGAACUGACCAGAACUAUAUUGCUACAGUGGAUCUGAGAACUGUCCAAUCUCCUGAGCACUGGAUACUGCGUGGAGUUGCCUUACUUUGUGAUGUCAAGUAAUGAUAAAUCAGUUAGUUGUCAGGUAUAGUUUCUCAUUGUUUUCCCUGAGGAUUUGGGGAAAAACCUUUUGGGCCCAAAUAUUCCAAAGAAAUAAGUUUCCUCUUCAUAGUAACAUUAUCCUACAUCAAUAGUGUAUUGGGUGCUAUUCAAGAUCAAACAAUCAAUAAUAUUUAUCGGACACCAGCUGGCUGGAGAGUGUUCUACUUAGUGCUUUGGAGAAGCUGUUAGUAAUUUUCUAUCCAAUUUUCUUCCUGGGUUCUUUGACUACUAAAGUGGCUUCUUUAUAAUAAGCUAGAGAUUGAAAGACCACCACAUUCCUUUUUACAUUGUCAGUGAACAGAGAGCUACAAACCAUGUUCUUUAAGGCCGCAAAGGUAGCUUGCUGUAUGUUCUGCUUCCAAGGUUAUGUAGAUUUUGUUUCAGGGUUUCAUCCACAUCCUCUAAAGUAGAAUGGUGUGGGGAUGGGAGGAGAAGAGAGGCUAGCAUCCCAAAGAAAAAAAAGUGGACUCACCUCUAAAUAAUAGCAAUA